UCCCCACCCCGAAAGGGAGGGGCGCCCGAGGUGCGGCAGCGUGGGCUCACGGGGCUCGGGUGGGGUGUCCGUCCCGUCCCGCCGAGGGUUGGGCUCUUGCAGCCUCGUGGGCGGAGCGAAGGGCGAGUCUGCUCCACAGGUCGGAUGGGCCGCGCGCGCCCAGAUCCUCACCACCCGGUUGGUCCCCGGGUCCGCGCUGCCGGACCAGGAGUCAGCCGGGCCAGGCGUCACAGCGAGGGAGCAGUCAGUGGGACCCCCUCGUCCAGCUUCCUGGGUGGGAUCUUGGGGAUCACUGCCCUGCGAACCGCGCGUGCCAGACCGGACCUGCAGAGCUCGAUUGCCCUGGGCCGGCCCAGGUGCUGGCGUGGGGAUCGCGGCGUGGGAGCGAGGUGCACGGGGAGAGGCGAGCGGCUGCCACGGGCGCACCCACCGACUGAGAGAGGGGAGCACUGGCUCCCUGCACACUGCCGCCACGAUGGCUGCUUUGGGACACACCUUCCCCUUCUACACCGGCCCCAAGCCAACCUUCCCAAUGGACACCACCUUGGCCGUCAUCAUCACCAUCUUUCUGACUGCCUUGGUCACCUUUGUCAUCAUCCUGCCUGGCAUCCGGGGCAAGACGAGGCUCUUCUGGCUGCUGCGGGUGGUGACCAGCCUGCUCAUCGGGGCUGUGAUCCUGGCCGUGAAUUUCAGCUCUGAGUGGUCAGUGGGUCGGGUCAGCACCAACGUGACCUACAAAGCCUUCAGCCCUGAGCGGAUCAGCGCCGACGUGGGCUUGCAGGUUGGGCUGGGAGGAGUCAACAUCACGCUCAUUGGAACCCCAGUACAGCAGCUGAAUGAGACCAUUGAUUACAAUGAGGAGUUCCCAUGGCACCUGGACUGGGACUAUGCUGAGGAGUACGCAAGAGCCCUGCGGAAGGGGCUGCCAGACCCCGUCCUCUACCUGGCCGAGAAGUUUGGUCCCCACAGCCCCUGUGGCCUGUACAACCAGUACCGCCUGGCAGGACACUACGCCUCCGCCAUGCUGUGGGUCGCGUUCCUCUGCUGGCUGCUGACCAACGUGAUGCUGUCCAUGCCUGUGCUGCUCUAUGGUGGCCACAUGCUGCUGGCCACGGGCAUUUUCCAGCUGCUGGCGCUGCUCUUCUUCUCCACGGCCACAUCCCUCUCGCCACCCUGUCGCCUGCACCUGGGCACAGUGGAGCUGCAUACCCAGUAUGGGCCUGCCUUCUGGAUCACGCUGGCCACAGGACUGCUCUGCCUGCUGCUGGGCCUGCUCAUGGCAGUGGCCCACAGGGUGCAGCCCCACAGGCUGAAGGCCCUCUUCAACCAGAGCUCUGAGGACCCCACCCUCAAGUGGAUCGCAGAGGAAGGGGAGCUCCUGACCCCCUGAUACCGGCCCAUGACCCAGAGCCCCGAGCCGCAGGACAUCCCUCUGUCACAGGCUUCUUCAGAGACCUGCUGCCAGGAGCAGCAGCCUGGGGAGCCCAGCUGUGCUCAGUGAUGCCCAUGUCACUGUGGGCGGCCCCCUGGGUGGCUCUUCAUUGAGCUGUGUGGUGGCACCAGAGCCUCACCUCCCAGGAGCCCACCUACUGAUGCCAAAGAGAACAAACCCCAAAGCCUCUAUGCUCUGCAACCCUGUUGCUAUGGUGACAGCAAGCCCAGCCUCUAUUUCUGCCCAGUAGCUGCCUUUCCAGGGUGCUGGGCCUCCUCCGGGUGCUAUUUGCUGAGACUCUGCCUGCCUCACAUAAGUGUCUGGGUGUUCGUGUGUGUGUGUGUGUGUGUGUGUGUGUGUGUGUGUGUGUGUCCUCUCUGUCUACACCGGAAGGAGAUCACCAGACAUCUCAUCCUAGCUCCAGCGUUAACCACAUCCUCUUUGAUCUUCAGGUCCCAAAUAGACUCAUUAAGACUAUAGGAUUUACCAACGACAUUUCAGAAAAUAAAAGUCCCCGGAUUUACAUUUUUA